GCGUGCGGGAGGAGGGGAGAAGGAGAAUCGGGGUAUUUACGGUGACACUUUGCUACUGCUCUGUUUCUCUUGUGUUUUUUGAACCUACCUGAUAUUGAAUAGGUACUUUCUAAAUAUAUUCAAGCUGAAAUCCACGCUUUAACAUAGGCCUUGUAGUCCUGAUCGGUUCCCGGGAUUGGGCGAGCCCCACUGCGCCAUGGAGUUCCCAGAACUUGGAGAGCACUGCUCGGAGAAGUCCUGCAAGCACCUGGAUUUUCUUCCGAUGAAAUGCGACGCCUGUGAAGAAAUAUUCUGCAAAGACCACAUCACUUACGCAAACCACAGGUGCACUUCGUCUUAUAAGAAGGAUGUUCAGGUUCCUGUCUGUCCCCUGUGUAACACCCCCAUCCCCAUCAAGAGAGGGGAGAUGCCGGACAUCAAGGUCGGGGAGCACAUAGACCGAGACUGCCGGUCUGAUCCAGCGCAGAGGAAGAGGAAGAUCUUCACAAAUAAAUGUUCCAAGGGGGGCUGCAAGCAGAAAGAAAUGAUCAGAGUGACGUGUGACCAGUGCCAUCUGAACUUCUGUUUGAAGCAUCGACACCCAUUGGACCAUGACUGUAAGACAGGCGGUCAACCUGUCUCCAAAUCAGGACAUGCUGGUUUCGAGAGGUUCAGAGAAUCCGGCUCCAGCAAUACUACAGUCUCCGCUGGCAGCUGCCAGCCUGUUCCCGCUGGUCUGAAUGGGAAUGUCAGAGUCCAGUCCAGCAGUGUGCAGAGCCAUGCGCAGGCAGCGAGCCCCGCCCUGGUGCCCUCCCCAGCGCAGAGCGCCGUCCACCCCUCCGCCUCCUUCCAGGCCGGGCUGACUGAGGAGCAGGCUCUGCAGCGAGCCCUGGAGAUGUCCUUGGCGGAGUCGUCUCACAGGUCCCCGCCAUCGCUAAGUCCUCAGGAGCAGGAGGAUCUGGCCCUGGCUCAGGCUAUCGCUGCCAGUGAGGAGGAGUACAGACAGCAGCAGCUGAGACAGCAGGGGUCACGGGGAAGGGGAUCCAAACCGUCCACCUGCUGCUUGUCUUGACCUCUGACCUCUCUCUGAGCUCAGACCACCUGGUGUCUAGCGAAGCCUGCUAGUACUCAGCCAGCCAAUGUCUGUCUUCCCACUUCAGGAAAGUCGAACGUCAGGGUUCUUGUUAUCGCCUCAGCACAACUGAGAGAUGCAUCGUGUCCAAUUUGUUCUUGUGUCGUACAGCUACAUUGCUGCGUGCUCUUUUAUUAUAACCAAUGGCUGUGUGUGUGCUUGUGUGUGUGUGUGUGUGUGUGUGUGUGUGUGUGUGUGUGUGUAUGUGUGUAGGCAAACAGGCCAAACGGACAAACAGAUUAUUUGCAGAUGCAAGUUUACUCUUUAAAAAAA